UUUAAAAUGAGAGUGUGAGAGUCGUGUUUAAACUUUAAAAUGUCUAGUUUUAUAACUUCGUACUAUAUUAAACUCCACAAUUAUCCUUUAAAUUAUGCUACAAACUAGUCAUUUUUUGCUUAAUUUUCUUUGUACAUUAGUGCAAGAAUUAUUAAGAUGAAGAGAAAGUGUAAUUUGGAGCUGAGACUUGUUCCUCCUGCCCCAUACUUCGACUCCAUGGAAAAUAAAGAAAGCAUAGAUGAAGAGAAGAAACAUCGGGAGUUAACAAUAUUCUAUGAUGGAAAAGUUGUGGUUUCUCACGCUACUGAGCUUCAGGCUAAAGCUAUAAUACAUCUCGCAAGUAGAAAAAUGAAGGAGAACACAAAAACACCAUCACCACUUUCAGAGCCACCAUCACCAUUAUUACAAUCUCAAAUGGAGGUUUCCAUGAAGAAAUCACUACAAAGAUUUCUCCAGAGGAGAAAAAAUAGAACUCAAGUAAUUUCUCCAUAUUAUCAUCAACAACAAUAAUAAUCUAUCCACUGAAAUCUCACAAGUGGAGUGUAAAAAAAAUAAAAUAUACGCAAAUCUUAACUCUACUUUAUGAAUAUGGAGAUGCUAUUUUCGGAGGACUUCUCCAUAUCAUCACUAGCUACUAAAUAUACUACUUUUGGUCAUCUAUUGUUUAUUUUUUCUUACUUUUCCUCCGUUCUUCUAGUUUGUUACAAAGAAAAAGAAUCUUUUUUCAUGUCAUUACUGAUGACAUGCUCA